CAAGGGGGAACAAAGGAAAAAAUGAACAAUGUAACUGAAUUCAUCCUACUUGGUCUGACCCAGAAUCCCGACCUACAGAGAGUUUUACUUCCUGUACUUUUCUUUGUCUACUUGUUGACAUUGGCAUGUAACCUACUCAUCUCCAUCACCAUCUUCAUCAGUCCAUCCCUGAGGUCACCUAUGUACUUUUUUCUCUCCUAUUUGUCCAUUAUAGAUGCUUUAUACUCUUCAACCAUGGUACCCAAAAUGAUCUUUGACUUGAUCACUGAAAGGAACACUAUGUCAUUCAAUGACUGCAUGACACAGCUCUUUGCAGAACAUUUCUUUGGUGGAGUUGAGAUCAUUCUUUUAGUUGUCAUGGCCUAUGACCGCUAUGUAGCCAUCUGUAAGCCCUUGCACUACAUGACCAUCAUGAGGAGGAAUGUGUGUGCCCUUCUGGUGGGGCUGGCUGUGGUUUCAGGGCUUCUUCAUGGAGGAAUCCAAGUUUUCUUCACAGUUCAGCUACCAUUCUGUGGCCCUAAUGUCAUUGACCACUUUACAUGUGACUUGGUGCCUCUCCUGACUCUAGCCUGUACAGAUACUCACAUAUUAGGACCUUUGGUUACUGCCAACAGUGGGUCAAUGUGUUUACUUAUCUUUUGCAUGUUGAUUGUUUCCUACAUCAUCAUCCUGUACUCCCUGAGGAAGCACAGCUCUGCCGGGCGUCAGAAAGCCCUGUCUACCUGUGCCUCUCAUAUCACUGUGGUCAUCUUUUUCUUUGUGCCUUGCAUAUAUUUGUACUUAAGACCCACGGCCAUCUUCCCCAUUGACAAAUCUGUGAGUGUGUUUUACACCCUAGUAUCUCCCAUACUGAACCCCCUCAUCUACACUCUCAGAAAUGCAGAGGUGAAAAGUGCUAUGUCAAAAAUGUGGGGACAAAUAAUAAAAAAGGAAGAGAAAUAA